AUGGAUCAUUCUAGAUUCCAGCAACAAUGUUGCACUUUCAUCAUCAUUAUUACUAUUUUCGUUGCAGGACUCGCAACAAAAACCGAAUCAAUCGGUAUAAACUACGGCCAAAUCGCAAACAACCUACCUUCACCGGAAAACGUAGUAUCACUCAUAAAAUGCGUCGGAGCAACCAAAGUGAAACUCUACGACGCAGAUCCAAAGGUUCUAAAAGCUUUCGCCAACACCGGAAUCGAAUUCAUGGUAGGUUUAGGUAACGAAUAUCUCUCAAAAAUGAAAGAUCCAAACAAAGCCCAAACAUGGAUCAAAACCAAUCUUCUCCCUUAUCUUCCCUCCACCAAAAUCACCUCCAUUUUCGUCGGUAACGAAGUUCUAACCUUCAACGACUCUUCACUCACUUCAUGUCUUCUCCCAGCAAUGCAAAGCGUUCACACCGCACUCGUUAAUCUCGGACUCCAGAAACAAAUCACCGUCACAACAACUCAUUCCUUAGCCGUUCUACAAACUUCUUAUCCUCCGUCUUCCGGAACGUUCCGUCCUGACCUAGCUUCAUGCCUAGCUCCGAUCCUGAGCUUCCAUGACAAAACCGGAUCUCCAUUUUUGAUAAACGCGUAUCCUUACUUUGCUUAUAAGGAUAACCCAAAGCAGAUUCCGUUGGACUACGUUUUGUUUCAACCGAAUCAAGGGAUGGUGGAUCCGUCUACGAAUCUUCAUUACGAUAACAUGCUGUUCGCGCAGAUCGACGCGGUUUAUUCAGCGUUAGGGAAGUUAGGUUACGGGAAGCUUCCGGUUCAUAUAUCGGAAACCGGUUGGCCGUCGAAAGGAGAUGAAGAUGAAGUCGGUGCGACGGUGGAGAAUGCGAGGAAGUAUAACGGAAAUGUGAUCAAGUUGAGUAGUAAGAAAGGAACGCCGUUGAAACCGGAUUCGGAUUUGAAUAUUUACGUUUUUGCCCUUUUUAAUGAGAAUAUGAAACCUGGACCAACUUCUGAGAGGAAUUAUGGAUUGUUUAAGCCGGAUGGUAGUCCUGCUUAUAACCUUGGGUUUUCUUUGUCUUCUUCGUCGUCUUCUACUUCGAGUCCUCCUUCCAACGACGCCGCUAAAAAUGGUACUAGUGGAUCUGGUGCUGGUGCGCCGCCGCAGCCUCCGACCUCCUCCAACGGUUAUUUGGCCAUUUCCUCCGCUAAAUCACUGGAGAGAUACCAUUUGAUAUGGCUUUCUUUAUCCUUUCUGCUGCCAUUGUUGAUGAUUUUGAAGUUUUGA